GAGGAAAGGUCUCUUGAGCUUUGCAAAAGGAGGAAUUAUUUGCAUACCGACGCUUUAGCUGUGGUCAAAUACUUUCCAUGCUGAAGAUGGACCAUGCAAAUGUGACCCAAGCCAUGCUUGAUGCUGAGUCCCGGAGCACAGAGAAGAACAACAGCAACGAGUAUUUUUACAUUCUGAUCGUCAUGUCUUUCUAUGGGAUCUUCCUGAUAGGGAUAAUGUUUGGCUACAUGAAAUCCAAAAGAAAAGAGAAGCCAUCCAAUUUGCUUCUGCUCUACAAAGAUGAGGAGAGAGAAUGGGGGGAAGCUGUAAAGCCUCUACCAACCAUAUCGGGGCUGAAAUCUGUGCAGAUCCCCAUGAUGCUGAACAUGCUGCAGGAGAGCAUGGUGCCAUCCCUGUCCUGUGCCAUCUGCUCAAUGGAAGGCAGCAGUGUGAGCUCCGAGUCCUCCUCCCCAGAUGUGCACUUCACCAUCCAGGAGGAAGUGCUGGAUACUGAACUAGGGGAAGUGUCAGAAACUCUCCUCAAUGAGAGCAGCGAGGGGUCUGCGGAAAACAUCCAUAAGAACUCCUAGCACUUGCAGGGCUCCCUUGAUCAGCUGCCAAAGUGUGAGUGGAGCUCCCACUAAGAACUCAUGGUUCUACUUUCCUGCUUUCCAAUGAAGUCU